GCCUCGAUUUAGUCUAUGCCGAAACAUUUCUACUCUCUUUAUGUGUCCAGCAGCCGCGCUUGCUGGAUUUCUUUGACGGAUUGAAUCGUGGGCUGUGUUAAAUCCAGUCGCGAAUUAGGGCAUCCAGCAAUUAGUGUUUAUAAAUAUGGUUCAAAAGAAGCCCAAGAAGAAGGUCGGGAAGAAGGUAGCAGCAGCUCCACUCGCUGUGAAGAAGGUUGAGCCAAAGAAGCUGACAAACCCGCUUUUUGAAAAAAGGACCCGCAACUUUGGCAUUGGCCAGGAUAUUCAGCCAGACCGAGACCUGAGUCGAUUCGUCAAAUGGCCCAAGUACAUCCGCGUUCAACGCCAGCGAUCUGUGCUCCAAAAGAGGCUGAAGGUCCCACCACCAAUAAACCAAUUCACGCAGACACUUGAUAAGCAGACAGCUACACAGCUGUUCAAAAUCUUGGAAAAGUACCGCCCAGAAAGUGCCGUUGCUAAGAAGCUGCGGCUGAAAGCUAGAGCUGAGGAGAAGGCUGCAAAGAAGGAAGAUACUCCGACUAAGAGGCCCAACCAACUUCGCAGUGGCACAAAUACUGUCACAACUUUGGUCGAGCAGAAGAAGGCACAGUUGGUCGUAAUUGCUCACGAUGUGGACCCAAUUGAGGUUGUUCUGUUCUUGCCUGCGUUGUGCCGUAAAAUGGGAGUACCUUACUGUAUUGUCAAGGGAAAAUCACGUUUGGGAGCACUCGUUAGGCGCAAGACUUGCAGCGCCGUUGCUCUCACACAGGUCGAUUCCGGCGAUCGCGCCAACUUCACCAAAGUGGUUGAGGCGAUUAAGACCAAUUUCAAUGACCGUCAUGACGAGAUUAGACGACACUGGGGCGGUGGUCUUCUUGGCAGUAAAUCCGCUGCCAGAAUCGCCAAACUGGAGAAGGCCAAAGCGAGGGAACUUGCGCAGAAACAAGGCUAAACAUGCCGUAAUGUACAAUGGAAACUGUCCACGCUUUUCCAACAAAUAAAAUAAUAUCAAAAACCUA